AUGACUUUUUCAACUAUUGUGUUCAUUGUCUGGUUUCUUCAUCUGACUAGAUUGCAAGCUGCUGCUGACCCAGAAAUAGGUUGUAAGAAGCCACUAACCUCUACAAGAAUUGUUGGAGGCCAACCAGCUUCUGAGGGGGCAUGGCCCUGGCAAGCAGGUCUUACAGUACUCAACAUAACUUUUUGUGGUGGCACCCUCAUAGACAAGAACUGGGUGCUGACAGCUGCUCAUUGCUUCAGCUGGAUGCCUGAAGGCUUUGAGGAAAUUUUUGUGGGGCUAGGUCACCAUCAACUCAUGAACCCUUCAAAUAACUCAAAGAAGUUUGGCAUCCAACAGAUUAUUCCUCAUCCUAACUACUCAGCUAAUGACACUAUGUAUGACAUCGCUUUGGUGGAGCUAAAUGACACUGUGGACAUCACCAAAUACAUCUUGCCUAUGUGUCUCCCAGAAUCUUCUGUGAAGUUCCCUGACAAUACCAGCUGCUGGAUCACUGGAUGGGGAAGAACAGAUACUAAGGAGAUCGGACUGGGGCAACACCAAUAUUUCCCUAAAAUAAUCAACGGUAUGAUCUGUGCAGGUAGCUUUGAGGGUGGCAAAGAUUCCUGUCAGGGUGAUUCUGGAGGACCUAUGGUUUGCCAAUGUGAUGGAAAUGAAAAUUGGCUCUUGACUGGGAUUGUGAGCUGGGGGUUAGGCUGCGGCAUAGCUGGUGUACCUGGUGUUUACACUUCAGUAGCACACUAUGCUGAUUGGAUUCGGCAUCAUAUACCCCACAUAACAUUUUCAGACUGCACACCUGAAAGUAAUAGUGUAACACCUGCUUUUAGUGUAGGAUACAAUACUGUGCUUUUACUGAUAUCUGUCAAAUUGAUUGUCUUCUGA